AUGCACCGAGAGCUUCCUGAGACUUCACACCAGUUUCAAGAGCAAAACCCCUUAUCCUCCUCCCACCCCUCUCACCAACAUGGCUUUCAUCAGCUUCACCAGCGCCAGCAAGGUGGCACUGCCCAAGAUCCUCUGCGGCACCGCGCUCGAAGCGCGUCGCCCCAGUCCGUCCCAAGCACCUCUAACGCGUACAUCCCCGGUGUCGCUGCCCAACAGCUCGAUGCGCGACUACGUGGAUUGAAAGUUGGCCAGUUGAAGACUCCUGGCGCGCGAAUCUCUCAAUAUGAGAACGCAUUGACUCCCUCAACACCAAGACAAGCACUGGGUUUCAAGGUCAUUAAACGCGCCGACGCCAGUGAGGAUGGCGUGCAGCUAUUGGACUUUCCCAAUGAAAUCCUGACUCACAUCCUAUCGCACUUGCACCCUGACUCCCACGCAUCCGUCGCGCUGGUAUCCAAGCGACUCUAUUCACUUGUGACGACUUCCCAUGCGUGGCGUAUGGCCUUCCAGCGGUACUUCCCAGGACAAGAUGCUUUGGAGGUGACCGACAAGGCGAAUGGGAAGGUCGACGAUGUAGAUUCCGAGUUCAUACGAUCUGAAGUCCGGUACUUCAGCCGACUGACGGCUCGUGCAUCCUGGCGUAGCGAGUAUCUCCUUCGCACCCGCCUCUUGAGAAGCCUAGCCAGAGGUAAACCAGGCUCGUCCUCUGGCGGCAUCGGAACUUCCUCCCGGUCAUCGCCAUCUGGCAAGAAGGCCAACGCCGUCUUGACGUACAACUCUAAGCUUCCGUCCAUGGUCACGAAUUUGCAUGCCACGUUCGUUUCUACUGGGAAGAAGCCACCGCGAGUCAUCCACGGUGCUGCGGACAUGUGCGUUGGAAGCGCUUCUGAUCCCACGAGUGGCAAGGUCGAGAAAUGGGGCCUAGACGAUCCAUUUGCCUUCGCUCAGCUUGACGAAGUUGUGCCUCAACUCCUGCCCUAUGGAGUGGGAGAGGGACCUGCUGCUGUUCCGAACGUUAUGGAUGUCAGCCAGGUGUAUGGUGUUGUCGGUGGAGAAGGCUUCCCAGGAGGUCGAGUUUUCUACCGCCCAGCUAGUGAGUUCAGGGGCAAGUACCUUGUGCAGGAACAGAACGUGAUAGAAGCGCAUCCUGACAUACCCAAGAUCCCCGAGCUCUCGGAAGGGGUCUGCUCGGUCUGGAUUGCCAAGUCUCCUGCGGUUCCGUCACUGACCCAGUCAAUGGUGGGAAUGAUGACUGGCUCUACUCUGGGCGUGGUUACUGCCUAUGCUCUUGGUUUCGACCCAUCUGGGCCUCGUUACACAAGUGGCGAAAUUAGUGCGCGCUGGGUAUUAAGUCCUGGUGUACCCAUCAUCGCUAUCAAGGUGGACGAAAGCUACAGCCAGAAGAGAAAUGCAGCUGGCCGCGUUUGGGCCGUUGCUUUGAAUGCCCUCGGUGAAGUGUUCUACUUGAACUCAACACCGACACCACUCGCUAUGAAGUCCAAAUCCGACAGCAGUGUUAGAUGCGCGUGGUAUUCUGGACGCUCAGCCUACUGGCACCUGGUCGAGCCCACACGCCGCCAGGCCCGUCCUGGUGAUUUUGACAAAAACGCUGUCCGCGGAGCGUAUUCGCCGAGAUCCCCUUCGAAUGCGAUGAAUCUCAAACGAGAUCAAAUGGUUGCGGAAGCUCGAGAGAUAGAGAAGUUUCUACGCUACAAGCCGGUCCACUUCCGAAAGGUUUGCAGCGGCUGGGAUAUGCGUCGGAGGCUCGAGGUCGACUUCGCCAGCGAUGACACCCAUGGAGCAGGUGAGGCCAUCUUUGUGAUCGACUGCGGGCUGGAGGAAGACCAAAAACCUGCCGUAACUCGAUUCACUCGAGAUGUUGCCAGCCGCAAACAACCAGGUGCUGCAUCAAAUUCCGUACCGCCACCAGUUGUCGAGGAACUACCUGUCCCUUCUCUGUUUGGGGGCGGGAAUCCUGAGCCUACUUUGACUGACACACCUGCUUCACCUUUCGCAACGCAAGCCUUGCCGAGGCCAGGCUUGCAAAAUCCCAAUGCUGAAACGAACUCGCGUACUCAAGGAAUGGAUGAAUGGCAUCAAACGACAUUUUUGUUGAAGGAAUGCGACCAUGCUGGGAUCACUACCAGCAGCACCGACAUGUCGCUUUACGGACUGAUGACAUCGUUCGAAGAUCCCUUGAUUGGUGGCACCAACCGUCCGCCCAGUGCACCAGCAACCACUACAGAUCAAUGUCCAUUGGAUAUCCCUGGGAGGCGGGCUAGGAUGCUGGGCAUCGGGACUAAUUCCGGGCUCGUCAUGCUUUGGAAUAUGCGAGAAGGCCAUGCUAGCGCAGGUGUGCAACCUGUUCGAAUCCUCCAGACAGAGUCUCCUGCAAUAUCUUGCAUAGCUCUAUCUGCCUUGUACCUCGUCCACGGUGGGAGUGACGGCCUAGUGCAAGCCUGGGAUCCCCUGGGAUCAACCUUGGAUCCAAUCAGAACUCUCAGCUCACGGUCAGGUCGAAUUCCUCGACACAUGAUCUCUGCUAAUCCGGCUCUGGGCAAUAUCAAUUUCUCUGCCGCUGGGGCUAUCGUUCUUGAUCCCGACCCGACCGUCCUUCGUGGGAUCGUGUCAUUCGGCACGUUCGUGCGUUACUGGGCAUAUAGCUCUUCAGGGCAGCCAGCUGGCCGGAAACGUCGCUUGCGCCACUCUGACGUUCACGGGCGCGUGAGCAGCCGCCGGCAGGGAGGUGGAGUGAAAGGCUACAUUGCGGCCGAGGCUGAAGAGCUUCGACUUGAGCAGGAACUAAAGUCCCGGGAGCAAGCACAUCUGCGAUCGCGCUUUGGUGUUGGCCUCGGUGAUCUCACUGAAGAGGAGGCUAUACGCUACGCUGAAAUGGUUUCUCAGGAGGCAUACCUGCUUCACGAACAACGUCGAACCAGUGCCAGUGACACUGGCUCCGCGGCAGAUUGUGACACGACUUCGGCUACUGGCAGCUUGGACACUAUGACACCGGAUCCCAGUGUAACGGGCCUCAGCCCGCCUGUGGCGAGCUCGAGUGCCAUCGUCAAUGUGCCAGACGAGGAAAGUAACUACGAGCUCCAAAUCCAGCAGGCUAUCCGACUUUCUUUGAUGGAAGGAGUGAACGACAUAGGCCAGUCUCCCAGAACAAACAGCUCUGGAGACUACGAGUUCCCUAUUGUACCGAAAGGGAAACGUGACAAAUUCUCUCCAUCUAGUUCGCCGCCCUCGAGUCACACGCCCAUGGUGCAGCGGGCUGAGUAUAGCUCCAUGGUGGCUAGUCCCUCCGAGGAGGACGCCGAGCUCGAGUUGGCAAUGAGACUCAGUCUUGCUGAAGCGGAAAGUCAACAGUUCAGCAGUGUCGGCCUGGGAGUUCAGGAUGAUGAGUUCCCGGCGCUAAAUGGCUUCGGGAAAGGCAAAGGAAAAGCAAUCUAA